CCAAUCUAAAGUCUUGAAAAUAGCUUGAGAAACCUCUUAACUCUAUUGGACACUUCAACUGUCUGAGAAACCUCGUAACUCCACCCCUUCUUCACUCCGCGGGAGAGCUUCGCGGCAUACAUUUCUCCUCAGGACUGAGAGUCGCUGCAAAUCAACAUCUUCUGAGGUAAAUGUCUUCAAAACACUGGUUAUCAGUUUAUAUAUUAUAUAUUUUCUCGAAGUAAUGGUAACUUUUAGUGCUAAGGUGUAAUGUAUCGUUUCUGAGGCUGCUAGAUUUUUCUUUAGAUCUAAGUAACUGUAGCAUUGGACGGGAGCCAUCUUGUUGACUGAAAUGUUCAAAACCUCGAAUUUAAAGCACAAAAACUGUCUGCCGUUCACUUAGUUAGACACUAUGCAUUGGUUUUCUAAUGUUUGAUAAGAUAUCUAAAGUGAUUUUCGUGGGGCUCAAAGAAAAAAAAAUGUUGACCCCCGCUAGUUCUGACGCUCAUCUGAGGACAGGAAUUUAGCGCAAGACAAUCCAAUGCAACGCGUAUUAAACCCUAUAAAUUGCAGAUACGAUACGAUAGGAUUGUAUCUUACAAUGUCAAGACAAACCGUUAUGUUCAACAAGUAGCUGCCUUUGCCGUCAUGCUCAUUACUUUAAGCAAGCUGGCUGACUUUUUGCCUUGUUAUUAUACGUAAACAUGCCGUAUAAAAUAAUGAAACAAUAGUUUGACCUUUAUCAAUUUUAUUUUUGCAGCAACCGUGUCUGUGUCCUUAAAGGAACUCUGUCAGAUGGUCAAUGUGCCAUAUGAUCAGUCAAGGGUCUUAAUAGAUAGUGAGAGCUCUGAUGGAGAGAGUGUAGAAAGAGAGGAAGCAACUGUGGUGGAGGUUACAGUGAAUCAUGCUGAUUUCUCUGGUGAUCUGGAAGGAGAGGAGGCCUCACUACUGGCUGCAGAGCAGGUGCAGUUUCACACAGUUUGCCAUGUUGGAAGUGAAGAGGACCUGGAUGCAGAGAAUUUAUGCUCAGAUGCUAAAGAAGAUGCACCUCCAAGGAAAAGACUGAGGGAUGAAAACACGUGGAAGAGUGUCAUCAACAAGAAAAGAAGAAUGGUUGGGAAAUCAUACACAGGAAAAAAGAAGCAGAAGGAAAUAAUGAGAAAGCCACGGGCAAUGGGGCCUAGAUGUUCAUCAGCAGCAUGUGCCAAGUCAGCUAAACAUCACUGCAGUGCAAUCGGCGAGCCUGAGAGGACUACCAUUUUCAAUUACUUUUGGCAACAUAUGACCUGGGAGGAGAAGAGGAUGUAUGUGCAGGGUCUAAUUGAUGUGGUCCCCGUGCAAAGGAGAAGGGGGGCUGAAAAUUCCCGAAGAUCAAAUUCCCUGUUUUUUUUUUUACGGGUCAGCGGGCAGAGAAGACGCGUCUGCAAAAAAAUGUUUGUGUCUACCCUAGGAAUAGGCGACUGGUGUGCCCUGAACUGGGCCAAAGGGGGAUACACGCAAGCAGACACUGAGGGACAAACACACAGCAACGCACGUCGUUCAGGGGCAGGCCAUGAAUUCAUCCGCAGCUUUUUGCAGGACCUGCCAAAGGUGCCCCCACGCUACUGUAGAUCCACAACAUCCAAACAGUAUCUGGAACCUGUGUUUCAGUCGAUGGUUGAUCUGCAUGCAGUGUAUUGUCGCGCUGCAGCAGAGAAGAAUGUAACACCUUUGUCAAGGCAAGUGUUCGCAGAUGAUUUCAAGCGUCUCAACCUAGGCAUUUACCACACCAAAAAGGACCAGUGCAACAUCUGUUGUGCUUUCAAGGCUGGCAACUUACCUGAUGAGGAGUGGCAGCACCACCUCCUUCAAAAAGAAGAGGCCCAAACCGAAAAGCUGUCCGACCAAAGCAAGGCCAGCAACAAGAUCAUGGUCCUAUGUAUGGACUUACAAGCCCUGCUUUCGUGCCCAAAGCUAAAAGCCUCUAAUAAUACCUUGUAUUAUAAAACAAAGCUUGAAGUUCACAAUUUCACCGUGUACAACAUGCUGACACACAGUGCUACAUGUUAUGUCUGGCAUGAAGGUGAGGGAUCCCUGUCUGCCAGUGAGUUUGCUUCAUGCAUUGUUGACUACCUCUCUGCACACACUGAGCCCGACACAUUUAUUCUGUGGAGUGACGGCUGCGGGUGUCAGAACAGGAAUGCAGUUCUAAGCAAUGCACUUCUUCUGUUCUCCAUGAAGAAAAACAAAGUCGUCAUUCAGAAGUACCUUGAGAAAGGGCAUACUCAGAUGGAAUGCGACUCCGUUCACAAUGUCAUCGAGAGGCGUCUGAGGGACCAGGAUGUGUAUCUCCCAGCGGAGUAUGUUAACUUGAUGAAGAGGGCCCGUGUGAAGCCUCAUCCAUACGAAGUCAAGUACAUUGACCACACCUUCUUCCAGGACUUCACCAAGCUGAGGCUCUGCAAGUCUCUGUGCCUUGAAGUAAGGCCUGGUGACCAAGCUGUCCAUGAUAUCAGGGCCAUCAGGUACAACAACAAUGGAACGAUUGACUUUAAAAUAAACCAUUCUGAUGACUGGCGUCCACAUCCGGGUCACCAACUCCAAAACUCCACCUCAGACUGCCACGCAGUCACCCCACUCUAUACAGACAGGCUAAAGAUCAAAGAGCUGAAAUUUAAACACCUCCAAGACCUGAAGGAAGUCAUCCCAAAGGACUUUCACAGCUUUUAUGACAAUUUGCUUCACUAGUUUAAUACACACAGAGCCUCAUAGAUGCAUACACACAGACAAGGGUUCACCCUACUCACAAAUACACUCAGGAAUGGGCUUAGUAAAGCAAGCCUUAACUAUGACUUUAUCUAUGUUUAUCUGUGUUAUUGACAGGGGUGCACAUUACUUUUUUGUCCUGGUUCUCAAAGGAGCACCUGGAGAUGUUGCUUGGUGCUCAGACUUUUCAUAGCGCCGACAUCCUACAUGAUGUCAUCAUAACCUCUCUUCGCCAUAUCACUUUGGUUUAAACAUGGUAGACGAUGAUGUAUUUAAAAUAAAAUAUGCCUGGUUAUUGUUUUAACACAUGUAACCUUUAUAAAUGUCUGCUAAUAUACAUUUCAAAUAUUGUUAAAGACAAGUAAAUGGUCAGAAAUAAAAAAAAAUCUGAUUAUGAGCAAUAGCACAAAUAAAUGCAAUUGAACAAACAUACAAAUGAAAUAAACAGUGUUGUUCAUGUUUUCAGGCUGGUCUGUAAUUUUCAGUAGAGUACAGAAACUAAAUAAAGUAAUCAGAUAAUACUGCAUAGUCUUUACUUUGUAUAUUGUGUAAUUCUUAUAAAAAAUUUACAAAAGUUAUUAAGUCAAGACAAGGAAAUUAUAAUUUUCUCUGUCUGUGGUUUGAUUAAUUUUAAAACAGUAUCAGGUUUAUACUCAAAAAAUGGGUGUACUGUCACUUUAAAGCAACACUAUGUAGUUUUUUUUACCUUUAAAUAAUGUCUCUAAAAUUAUUUCAGUGAUAGAACAACUUUUAACUGGACCAAUUGUACUGUUGCUGCAACCUGAGCAGCCUCCUAGCUGCUACAAGCACAAUCUGAAAGUGGCGGUGGAGGGUAGGAAACACAGCCCCGCCCCUCCCCCUCUCUGCAGAAGAGUGUCUGAUACCAGGCACUGUUGCGCUUUUCAACCACAUGGGGGAGCUGUAAGUCAUUUUUACAUGGAAACUACAUAGUGUUGCUUUAAAUUCAUGGAUCCAAUUCAUUGUUACACAAACACGCAUUAUUUCCUCAACUGCCUGUAUUUAUUUCAGGUGUAAGACUUUUACUAAUAUAAUCAUGGCAUUUUGAGAUUAUUUAGUUUUAAAAUGUCCGCUCAAGUGCAAGAAAACAAACUCAGUUGGCGCUGCCUGUCAGUUAACUUAAGAUGUGGAUUGUGCUUGCACUUGAGGUGCGCGCAAACAAAACUUAUAAAACAGUGAGUAUAGAGAUCGCGUGAGAUCUGUUUCGCGUCUUGUUGUGCUUAAAUAUUUAAAUUGGCCAAUCAGGCCAGUGACUGUUGCACCUCUGCUAACACACUUUAAUGUUAACAAGUUUGUAUUAAUUAUCUUACCAAUGAUGCAUGGAGCAAUCUCUAAAAUUCCAGCAGUUCGCAAAAGCGCCUUUUAGAGCAGUGACUGGUGCGCAUUUUUUAUUUUAAUCGUGCAUGCGCACCCCUGGUUAUUGAUGUAUUUUAAAUAUCUAUUUAUUACAGUUUAUUAUUAGGGCUGUGGAAAGAUUAAUCGCAUA